AUGGCCUUGGAUAGAACACUGGUCUUGGAUAGAACACUCGUCUUGGAUAGGACACUGGUCUUAGAUAGGACACUGGUCUUGGAUAGGACACUGGUCUUAGAUAGGACACUGGUCUUGGAUAGGACACUGGUCUUGGAUAGAACACUCGUCUUGGAUAGGACACUGGUCUUAGAUAGGACACUGGUCUUGGAUAGGACACUGGUCUUGGAUAGAACACUCGUCUUGGAUAGGACACUGGUCUUAGAUAGGACACUGGUCUUAGAUAGGACACUGGUCUUGGAUAGGACACUGGUCUUGGAUAGAACACUCGUCUUGGAUAGGACACUGGUCUUGGAUAGGACACUGGUCUUAGAUAGGACACUGGUCUUAGAUAGGACACUGGUCUUGGAUAGGACACUGGUCUUGGAUAGGACACUAUUUUGGAUAGGACAAUGGCCUUGGAUAGGACACUGGUCUUUGAUAGGACACUGGUCUUGGAUAGGACACUGGUCAUUGAUAGGACACUGGUCUUUGAUAGGACACUGGUCAUGGAUAAGACACUCGUCUUGGAUAUGA